UGGGCCUGGCGGACGCUUGUUGUUGUCCGGUCGGGGGAGGCGGAGGUCGCUGGUUCGCUCGCUCGCUCGCUCGCUGGUACGAUCUGUGGCAGACCGCAGCAGGUCGGUCGCAAGAGCGGACGCUGUGCAGGGGGGUGAGGCUAUGUCGCGGUGGCAGCCCGGAUGGGCCGGCAGGGCCGGGAGUAACGGGACGUCGUCGCGGAGCUUCUUCCCCCUGAUACAGUGCGGCCCUAGCGGAGGCCGCGGCGCCGCCCUCCGGUCCUGAGGAGCCUGCGCUGCUCGGAGUCCGUCCCGCUUCACCGCGGGACCAGCGCCAAGCUACCCGGCCUGCCCGGCCCGGUCUGUCCCAACCCAAGCAGGCAGCACUAGUUCCUCUGAAGCACAGAGCCCCUCCCCAAGGACAUGAAGCUAUUAGAGAAUUCGAGCUUCGAGGCUAUUAACUCACAGCUGACGGUGGAGACUGGAGAUGCCCACAUCAUUGGCAGGAUUGAGAGCUACUCAUGUAAGAUGGCGGGAGAUGACAAACACAUGUUCAAGCAGUUCUGCCAGGAGGGCCAGCCCCACGUUCUGGAGGCACUGUCUCCACCCCAGACCUCGGGCCUUAGCCCCAGCAGACUGAGCAAGAGCCAAGGCGGUGAGGAUGAGGGUCCACUCAGUGACAAGUGCAGCCGAAAAACCCUCUUCUAUCUGAUUGCAACGCUCAAUGAGUCCUUCAGGCCUGACUAUGACUUCAGCACAGCCCGAAGCCAUGAGUUCAGCCGGGAGCCCAGCCUCAGCUGGGUGGUAAAUGCAGUCAACUGCAGCCUGUUCUCAGCUGUUCGGGAGGACUUCAAGGCCCUGAAGCCGCAGCUAUGGAACGCAGUGGAUGAGGAGAUCUGCCUGGCUGAAUGUGACAUCUACAGCUACAAUCCAGACCUGGACUCUGACCCCUUUGGGGAGGAUGGCAGCCUCUGGUCUUUUAACUACUUCUUCUACAACAAGCGGCUCAAGCGAAUUGUGUUCUUCAGCUGCCGCUCUAUCAGUGGUUCCACCUACACACCCUCAGAAGCAGGCAACACACUGGACAUAGAACUGGGAGAGGAAGAAGUUGAGGAAGAGAGUGGAGGUGGAGGCAGUGACGGUGGGGCAGAGGAGACCAGCACUAUGGAAGAGGACAGGGUCCCGGUGAUCUGCAUGUGAAAGGAAGAGCAGAGGCCCCAGCUUCAUCCAGCUUCAACCAAUGCCUGGACUGGCCCAUGUGAGGAACCCCGGGGCCUCCCCAGCUGCUGGCCAUACCCUGGCACUGCCACAGUCCUGGCACUGCCCACAGCCACACCUGCCUAGCCCUUUGGCUCCAGCCUGUGGAUGUCCACUUGCCCUUACAGGCUCCUACUACUGCCCAUGCUGUGCCUGGACUAGACAGCACAGGGCCUGGUGGAAAUAGUGACUGCCCUGCCCAACAGACUGCCAGAGGUGGGGACAGCUGGACCACAGAGUUUAUUUUUGUAUUUCCUACUGGGCCCAUACACUCCAGCUCCAAGGGCCAGUGGCCUGAGUCCCUGAAAGCAGGCCCCAGUGUUCACCGGCUCCAGUCUUGGGCCGGUCCCUGGUGCCCACCUGUCCUCCCACCUCACCUGGUGGGUCACGUGCACUGAGUGUCACUUUGCUGCAGCUGAUUUGUUUCCAAUAAAAGUUUCUGUGACU